AUGAUUAUUGGUGUUGUGGCAGGUAUUGCCCUUAUUGUUGUUGCUGCCUUAAUUGUUUGGUUUGUUAUUAGGAAGAAGAAACAAGAUGAUGAAUCUAGUUCAUUGGUUGAAAUGGUUGAAGAAACUGCAGGAAUUGUUCCGUCAACUACAACAACAGUAACUACUGAUAAUCCUUUAUGGACUAUAAGUGUUGUUGGAGAUAAUGAUGAUCCAUUUAAGCAAGACUUCGAUGAAAAUGGUAUCGAAGGUUAUUUUGAUGUUAAUAAUACAAAAGAAUUGGAAUAA